UAGGAUUCAUUGUAUGGUCUCACCAUAUGUAUACUGUAGGAUUAGAUGUAGAUACUAGAGCUUAUUUCACAGCUGCUACUAUGAUUAUUGCUGUACCAACUGGUAUUAAAAUUUUCUCAUGGUUAGCAACUUUAUACGGAGGAAGUAUUAGAUUCACUACUCCUAUGUUAUUCGCUUUAGGAUUCAUUUUCUUAUUCACUUUAGGAGGAUUAACUGGUAUUAUGUUAGCUAAUGCUUCUAUUGAUGUAGCUUUACAUGAUACUUACUAUGUAGUAGCUCAUUUCCAUUACGUACUAUCUAUGGGUGCAGUAUUUGGAUUAUUUGCAGCUUUCUACUAUUGGAUCGGUAAAAUUACAGGAAGAUCUUAUAAUGAAUUAUUAGGACAAAUCCAUUUCUGGAGUCUAUUCGUAGGUGUAAACUUAACAUUCUUCCCUCAACAUUUCUUAGGUCUAGCCGGAAUGCCUAGAAGAAUCCCAGAUUACCCUGAUGCAUUCGCAGGAUGGAACCUAAUUUCAUCAUUUGGAUCUAUUGUUUCUAUUGUAGCUACUUUAGUAUUCAUUUACGUAGUUUAUGAUCUAUUAAGUAAACAAGAAUUUAAUUUAGCAAGUAACUAUUGGAGAGUUCCUGCAUUCUUCGAAAGUUCUAGAGGUGUAUCUUUAACUGAAACUGCUUCUACUUUAGAGUGGAGCUUAAGUUCACCUCCAUCUUUCCAUACUGUAAACUCUUUACCAGUACAAUCUUAA